AUGGCCAGCUUCAACCUCAAAAAGAGGGGGACUCCUGUCACCAUACUUACCUCAACAGAUGAUGCGCAGACAACCACAUCUAUGGGUGUUAUAAGAAAGAAGACCGCAGCGCGCGGUACAGAUGGAGGAACCAAAUACCACUGUGAUGUCUGCUCCAUAGACAUCACAUCUACCGUUCGGAUAUCAUGCGCCCAUAGUGCUUGCCCCGAGUACGAUAUGUGUGUUCCUUGCUUUGCGCGCGGGUCUACGACGAAAUCCCACGAUCCUCGAACACACCCGUACUCUGUUGUCGAACAAAACUCGGUUCCAAUAUAUGAUCCGGAUUGGGGGGCCGACGAAGAGCUCCUGCUCUUAGAAGGAGCAGAAAUAUACGGUCUUGGGUCAUGGGCCGAUAUUGCCGACCAUAUUGGAGGUUACCGUACGAAGGAUGAAGUCAGAGAUCAUUACAUUAAAACAUACCUUGAAGGGUCUAAUUUCCCUCUCCCCGACCUUGCCGACCCACACGACAAAACAUUACAGGAGCAAAUACCUAAGGAGGAAUUUCAAGCGCGAAAGAAGCGGCGAAUACAAGCGCGUAAAGAAGCUGCCAAAGCUGCGCCUCCGGCAACACCGAAACAAAAGCCAACUGCCUCAGUCCCUGCCUGCCAUGAAGUUCAAGGCUACAUGCCAGGUCGACUUGAAUUCGAGACCGAAUUUGCUAAUGAUGCAGAAGAAGCAGUACAACAUAUGCAGUUCGAACCCGGUAAUGGCCUUAAUGCGAACGGCGAGAUGGAUCCCGAGAUGGAACUCAAGAUGACGGUGAAAGAUAUCUAUAACUCUCGGUUAACAGCAAGAACAGAACGAAAGAAGAUCGUAUUCGAACAUAACUUACUUGAUUAUCGUAAAAAUGCUGCUCAGGAGAAGAAACGGACGAAAGAGGAGCGAGACCUUUUGAACAAAGCCAAGCCGUUUGCUCGGAUGAUGAACCAUGAGGACUUUGAAGAAUUCACCAAAGGCUUAGAGUACGAACAUAAUCUUAGGCUUGCGAUUGCACAGCUCCAGGAGUGGAGGACCAUGGGAAUUGGCGACCUUAAGAGUGGUGAAAAGUACGAGCAGGAAAAAUUACAGCGAGCUCAGCGCUCUGUUCCGCAAGGAUCUUUCGAUCGUUUUAGUACAGCUAGGCCAAAAGCUCCAGCCGUGGCUGAAGGGCCAUCUGCUGCUUCCCAAUUAACAUUACCAGAACUUCCACUCCGACUACAGCGGCCGGGCUCCUCUAAGGCCAACCCUUCUGAGCCACCACCUCUGAAUGACUUUGACAAGGCCCUUGCAAACCCCAGCUUAGCAGGCACUCCCGCUCCCCAACCAGUGAAAGCUAAGUAUACCGUUCCAGUGAUUACCGGACUGGUUCCUUGGAAAUCCGAGAAUGACAAUUCUCCAGACCUACACCUGUUGACGAGGGAUGAAGUCGAGCUCUGCAAUGUCUUACAUUUGAACCCCAAGCCCUAUCUGGCUAUCAAGGAACAUCUGCUUAAAGAAGCGAUGAAACAAGGCGGCAACCUAAAGAAGAAGGACGUCAAAUCGAUGUGCAAGAUUGACGCUCAAAAAUCAAGCCGCAUUUAUGAUUUUAUGGUCCACAGUGGAUGGAUUUCAAAGGCAUGA